AUUCGUUUAAACGUGUAAUGUUACCCAUCGCAUAAAUUUAUGCAAAUACGCAGUGUGUUACAUGAACGCACUUCAAAUUCUUUGUGUAAAUGCCACUUAUUUAUGUAUUAAACAGCUGUUUGGGUGUCAAAAUAUUAAAAUGCCGAAAGUUAGCGAAAAAGCAAAAUUUAUUCAACUUUGCGAAAAAUCACUAGUAUUUGAUUUGUUAAUGUUGGAGCUGUUUGGAAAACAUGACGAAAUCCAACGCAAAAAGGAAGAUGAAAUUAUGGAAGACUUUAGCUUUGCAUUGGCAGCUGCUGCAUAUUUUAGAUAUGGAUCUACAUUUGUUCAUCAUUCUGUCCCAAAAUCACCCAACUUUUUAAUAGAUGUAUUACCGCAUUUGGAUGAAAACAGGUUUCGAGAAAUUGUGCGAGUCAGCAAAACCACAUUUGAUUUUAUCAUUGAUCUGAUAAAGGAUGACGAAGUGUUCAAUGGUCCACGUUCAUGUAAACAGUUUCCUAUCCAAAUUCAAUUGGCUGUAGUAAUGUACCGACUGGGUUCAUGUGGAGAAGGAGCAACAAUUACUAAAAUUGCUAGUUUGUUUGGUAUUAGCGAUGGUGGAGUAAUACAGGUCAUGACCAACAGGGUAUUUGAUGCAAUUAUUAAAAGGAAAACUCAGUUUCUGUUUUGGCCGGACCCUGUAGAGCGUAGAGCUUUAGUUGUUCAAACACUCAGUGAGCUACCACAUUGUGUUGGCUACGUAGAUGGAACGGAGAUAAAAUUGGCGGAAAAACCCACUGUAGAUUGCGAAGCAUAUUUUUCUCGCAAGCAUAUAUAUUCACUUAAGGCUCAAUGUGUGGUUGACCACAAACUAGUAAUUCGUCAUAUGGUAUUGGGGUAUCCCGGUAGUGUUCACGACGCUAGGAUAUACAACAAUUGCGAGCUAUCCACAAACGCCACUGAAAUGCUAACAGGAUCAGAGUGGUUAGCUGCAGACAGUGCAUAUAAAUUAACUUCGACCCUUAUUACUCCUUUUAGAAUAAACGCAACGGAAGGCACCUUGAAUCAACGAAUUCUGUUCAACAGAACGUUCAGCCAGUACCGAAUAAGAAUUGAGCAUUGCUUUGGUUUAUUGAAAGAACGUUUUAAUAGCUUGAAAGAACUCAAAAUUCAAAUAAAGAGUGAUAAUUCGGUAAAGUUUGCAUGCCGGUGGAUAUUAGUUUGUGCGAUAUUGCACAAUAUUAUAUUAAAAGAAAACGACGGUGGUUUUGAUGUUGACGAAGAAAGCAUUAGUGAAAACAGUGAAGUCGACGAGCCUGGGGAUCAAAACUUACCAACAGUUGAAGGUGCAUCUAAGCGCCUUUCAUUGUUAUCACUAAUGGAAACUUAAAAAUAAAGUAUUGAAACUCAUGUUUACAUAUCUUUAAAAUCCAUUAA